UUUCCUUUUCCGAUCAACACAUUUGACAUACAUGCAUGGGCUGUAGUUUAUUUAGCUGUUGUGAUACGUUUAUUCAUUACCAUAUAACAAGAACGUGGCUAUGAAAGUCAGUUACAUUAAAAUCCUUGAUGCAUUUGCGGUCAUUGUGUAGUUUACUCUCAGAGUAUUGUACUGGGCCUGUGUAACUCAUUCUAGCUGCCUAAUAACCUUCCUAGUCAGCAGCAUCAGACAGUCGUGUAAUGAUGGCAGGACUGUAUCGAGCUCUUCUGACAUCGGCCUCCAAUGUUUCAAAGAAUCUGACACAAGUCUCUCCAUGUCGAACUAAAUUCACGAAGAGUCGCAUCUCUCCACAGGUGUUUGAGGAGCGAGCCAAAGAGCAUGACAAGUAUGGGGGAGACCCAGAGCAGCCACAUAAACUGCAUAUAGUGACACGGGUGAAGAGCACGAUGAGACGACCAUACUGGGAAAAGAAGGUUGUGAAGAGUUUAGGGCUCAUGAAGUCACAUGAGCCCCGUGUCCACAAGAACACCCCCUCAGUCAAUAAUCUACUAAAAAUCAUCAAGCAUCUGGUCAGGAUUGAGCCACUCAAGCUUCCUCAUGGACUACCGGCUGAAGAAGACAUGGCCAACACACAUCUGAACAGCAGAGGAGAGCUGGUGGUCAAACGUCUCCUUAAACCACUGGAGAAGAAGGCCAUUGAGUCAUAGAACAUUGAUCUGAUCUACUGUCUGUGUGUAUCUUUCUAUUUGUUUAAUAAAGAUUUGAAAAACUAGAUCUUA